GUCAAUAUAACGCAAACUAUAUUUUUAUUCAAUUUCUGAACGAAAUUCAGACAGACAUUUUCAAGUUUCACAGAUACGGCCUGUGGAGGCAAAUCGAGAUUCCAUUUUAGUUUCGAAACGUUAUGGACCAACAGAGACCUGAAAGUAGUACAAAUCCCGGGAAGAGGACGCGACCUUUGCUCCUGCAGCCAAGUCCGAAGAUCGCGAGGGUCUCCGCAUACGCCAGCUCCACUUCCAGUGGGGUUCCAAAAAGUUCUAAGAAGUUAUCACCAAAUUCUCCUAAGAAGUGUAAUGUGACUUAUAAUAAGAGUGAUGUGCCCGCCCCAGGGACUCCUGUGCCUGAUAAAUAUGUUAGAAAGGCGGGGCCUUUCUUGCUAGGUCCUAAAUUAGGCCCUAGUCCAGUGAAAAGUAUAGUGCAGUGUCUCGCAAGGAAAGAGAAAACUGAUGAUUUUUACCAAGUAAAAAUAUUAACUUUAAAGAAUGAAGGCCAGCCGGAGACGCAGGACGACCGGCAAGGCAAGAUGUUAUUGCACACUGAGUACUCGUUACUGUCCCUGCUGAAAGAUCAGGAGGGAGUCAUACACCACCACGGCUUGUUUAAGGACCACGCUCUAGAAGAAAUCCCCAACCCCACAGGCCCAGGGUUCAUAUACACAGGCCGGGUCCGACAGAGGUUAUUCCUAGUUCUGGACUGCGUGACCUCUCAUCAGUUCAGCGAGAAGUGUUCCGAGCUGAUAAAUCUGCAGCAAUAUGUGACCAAAGUCAAAAAAGUUCCGGAGAAGGAGGCUAUACUGAUAUUUUAUGAUAUAGUUAGGGUAGUUGCCAAUUUGCAUAAGAGGAACAUAGUACAUAGAGAUAUAAAGUUAGGCAACAUAGUAUUAAACCAAAGGACGGGGAGAGUGAUAAUUACCAAUUUCUGUCUCGGUACACAUCUUGGAAGCGACAGGGACUUGCUCAAAGACCAGAGAGGAUCCCCCGCAUACAUAUCCCCGGACGUCCUGAUGUGCAAGCCGUACCUGGGCAAGCCCUCGGACAUGUGGGCUCUGGGAGUGCUGCUGUACACCAUGCUGUACGGACAGUUCCCCUUCUGCGACACCAGCCUCGCGCAGCUGUUCACCAGGAUACAGCAGGCCAACUAUAACAUACCUCCCGAUGGCAAUUCCGUGCAAGUGUCCGACAAUACGGUGUUCCUGAUUCAGCGGCUCCUCGUUAAGGACCCUAAACAUAGGUUGCUGGCCGGCGAGGUCCUGGACCAGCUGUCCAGCAUCAUCGCGGGCUACGUGUCCAUCCCCGGCGCCGGCGAGGAGCUGCAGGUGGUGCCCGACGUGGCGCUGCAGCAGCACCAGGAGGAGUCUCCAGCAUCCAGUGCAGCCGACAGGAAGCCUCUGUUCAACGUUCCCGACAACGGCGGGGAGAGGUCGCCCAGUUCUAAUGAGGAAUUAGGCUUAUUCUGCGUUCCGUUGCCUGAUUUCCUAGCGAUGAACUUCUCUACGCCGAGACAGAACGCCACCAGCGAUUCCGUGACCCCCAGCAGUAGGCAGAUCACGUUGCAGAGGAUAGGCAGAGACGCUAGACCCCUAAUGCCGUGUGAAAUUGCCAGAUAUCAACAUAUGUUCACAAAUAAUCAGAGAACGGAACAAACGAGGCGGACAGAGACACAGAACUCGGUGCCGGAGCGCGGCGAGAACUCGCGCCUGCGCAGCAUCGCCGACCGCUUGCCGAGACUCUACAACCACCAGAGCGGGCAGAACCACCAGAACCACCAAAAUAACGACCUCAGAACGGUGGCGUGGAAUGAAAGGGCCAGAUUACAUAUAGACAGGUCAUGGGAUGCCAAUGACUACGUGGUUAGAUUGCCCGUUUUGGACUUGUCUCGAGCGAGAGGGAACCAGGCUGAGAGCAGUAGGCAGCAAGAUAAUAAUGAAGAUUAUAAUUAACUGGUGUCCCUGGCUUUGAACCUGUGUGAAGAGAAUAGAAUGAGAGAAAGGAUCUCCUUUCCUACUCUCUACACUACUCUCCUACCUAUCUAGGUACUAGAGUCUAAAACCAUAAUGUUUAGCUGAAUAGUUUUGCGCUGGAAGUAUGAUACAAAGGCCGGUUGCUUGCCUUAAACACAUUUCAUAAACCGGUUCCUUGAUUGACAUUUCGUGACCUUUGUUGACCUUAAUUUAAAAUCUGCGCGGGAGCAGACGCAGCCGCCACGUGUUAUUCCAUUUUCAAACCCUAUUCAGACUCUAGAGGGUCGUAACGAGGUCCUCGUAAAGAAGAGAUAAGGAAAUGGUAACAACUUACCAUCGGUAGACCUUUUAAACUACCAACCAUUACAUUUUUUUAAUUCGACGAGACAAACACUGCCUGGGCAGUUUCAAUCGGUUUAUUGUCGAAAUAUUUAUUUUCAAUAUAGGAUAGAUUAUGAUAGAUAGAUUUGUAAUUUUUACUGAUUCUGGAAUUAAUUCAAUACAAUAAGAAACGUCAAUAAAAUUAAU